AUGUUAAAAAGUGGAUUGUUACUUUUCACUUGUUUGUUUGUGGUUAUCACUAGAGUUGAGCAAGUGUUAGCAUCGACCAAUGUUCAAAUUGCCCACUCCCUGAACAUUCCUUCAGUUUGGCAACAAUUACCACUUUCCGAUAAUUUAUCUGAAAGGGUUGUUUUAACAUUUGCAUUAAAAAAUAGAAAUGUUGAAUGGUUGCAAAGAAUAUUCGAAAAUGUGAAUAAUCCAAUGCAUAGAGAUUAUGAAAAAUACCUCACCAUGAAACAAGUUUCCGAUAUAACUUCUCCUCAACAAACUAAUCUCGUCAUUGAAUACUUGAACUCAAUUCCUGACUGUUCUAUAUUGAACAUUUCCAAACACGGCAAUUUAAUAACAGUGAAAAUAAGUUUACAAUCUGUAAAUUUACAUUUAAAUGCCAAAAUGAAACCAUUCGUCCACAAGGAAACCAAAGAAAUAAUUUUCCGCUCCCUGAAUGGUUUCUCUCUUCCAUUGGAAAUUAGUAAGAUUGUGAAAACUGUUUUUGGAAUUCAUCAUUUUCCACAUGGAAAUGCAAAAAAGAAAUUCACUGCUGCUCAAUCUUCACAUCCAAUAACUCCGAAGGAAAUUUGGAAUAGAUACAAUGUCAGUUUACCAACAAGUAUCAAUGGACAAAGUUCUCAGGCGAUUGCUUCUCUUUUGGGACAGUUCUAUAAUUCAAAUGAUUUGAGUCAAUUCCAACACAUGUACAACUUGACACAAAUGCAACCAAUUGUAAAUGGAGAUAAUAAUAAUGGAAAACCAGGAAUGGAAGCUUCUUUAGAUAUUCAAUAUAUUAUGGGAAUUGCACAGGGAAUUAAUACUACAAUUAAUAGUAUUGCAUCCAAUAAUAUUGAAGAUCCAUUUGUGCAGUGGAUUUCAGUAAUUCAAUCACAAGGAGAUUCAAGUGCAUGGAUUCAUUCAAUUUCGUAUGGAGCUGUCGAGAAGGAUAUUCCAGCAGAUGUAAAGGAAACUGUCGAUCAGGAAUUCCAAAAAAUUGGAUCAACAGGAAGAACUAUAUUUGUUAGUUCUGGAGAUAAUGGAGUCAGAUGCAGUGAUUAUGGUGAUAGAUUUGAACCAGAAUGGCCAACUAGUAGUCCUUUUGUUGUCUCUGUUGGAGCUACAGAAUUUAAAAUUAAGGGAGGAAAAAUCUCAGAAAUUGGAGCUGAUUUCACGGGAGGUGGAUUUUCAGAUGCCUACAAAAGACCAAGUUAUCAAGAUGAAGCAGUUACUAAUUAUUUGAAUCAAGAAUCAUUCCCAGAUAGAUCGUAUUUCAAUCAGAAUGGUAGAAUGUUUCCAGAUAUGACCUUAAUUGGAAAAGGUUUUCAAGUAAUUCUUUCAGGAAAGGUUCAAUCAGUUGAUGGAACAAGUGCCAGUACACCAAGUGUAGCUGCUCUAUUUUCUCUUCUCAAUAAUAUUCGUUUCCUACAAAAUAAGAAACCAAUCGGAUUCCUUAAUCCAUGGCUCUAUCAAAUAGCUCCAAAAACACCAAAUGCUUUCUAUGAUAUCACAGAGGGUUAUAAUUCAUUCGAUCCAUGUCCUGGAUUCUUUGCAACCAAAUCAUUUGAUCCAGUGAGUGGUAUUGGCGUACCAAACUUUGCAAUUCUAAAGGAUUUAAUCUUGACAAAAUAG